ACAAUCCAAUCGCAGUUCGCAGUCGUACUGUCACACACAGAAAAUCAAAAAAUUGCGUAAAUUGCCCGCUCGUACUCUGAAAUGUGAAUUUUCAUCUCUGAAAAAUGUUCAACAAAGUUUUACAACGGGCCUUACGGUUCCGUAUAAAGAAGAGUUACCCUACGAAUAUUUACGAUCUAAAUAGAGGGUCUACUAUAGCGGUUCGGAGGCCGUAUUCCGACGAAGUACGAAGGGCGCAAGCCCAGAGCGUUGCGGCGCCUGGGCCGACUAUAUUCGACAAGAUCAUUUCAAAGGAGAUCAAAGCUGAUAUAAUUUAUGAAGACGACUUGUGUUUAGCUUUCAAUGAUGUGUCUCCGCAAGCUCCUGUCCAUUUUCUGGUGAUUCCGAAACGUAGGAUCGCGAGAUUGCAGGAUUCCGAAGACAGUGAUAAGGAGAUACUGGGCCACCUGAUGCUGGUGGCCCGAUCCCUAGGGUCCCAAAGGGCACCCUCGGGGUGGAGACUCGUAGUCAACAACGGUCGAGAUGGUGCUCAGUCAGUGUAUCAUCUACACAUUCACGUCUUGGGUGGACGGCAGAUGGGAUGGCCUCCGGGAUAAUGCGAUGUUGAGGUAUUAUACAGGGUGAAUUUUUAUUCACGAACUUCAUUACUCUCCGUACCAGUUGGUUUAUCUGUCUUAGGUCAUAUGAAGUAAGAAAGCUGGCAGUCUACCAGUGCUUAUAAACGUAGACAUUUAUAUAAGAACAAGCACCGAACAAGUGCCGUACGUCGCUGAUAUGUUGCGAAAAUCUUUGGUUCAAAAAUAAAUGUUUGCGUGAGUUGCCUAAGUAGCACAGGUGCUAGCUUUCUUUCUGAUAUACAGCCUUAAAAUAAUUUACUUUUGCUAUAUAUGUUUAUGAAAACUUACUUAGUUUUAUUGUCCAAAUAUGCUGUGUAAAUUUCCAUUGUGAAUAAAAAUUGACCCUGUACGUAAAGAGGUAGUUGUUAUUUAGGUAAUUGCUGCUGAACUGAGACAUCAACUGGAAACAUUUAAAAUGUAAUCACGGUUAAAAUGUUAUUUUGAUAUCCCAACUCUGAUACUGUAGUGGAUCUGUUUUGUUUUAAUUAUUCUGUAUUCUGUCUGAUCCCCUGUUCAUGGGGGAAAAGAACAGAACGGGAACAAUAUUCCGAGUCGUUCAGAACGGACGAAACAAAUAAUAAUAAUGAAGAGUGGAUCCCUUUUGAAGUGAAAAUAAAUAUUUAUCUGAAUUUAAUAAAAUAGUACACUGACAAGAAAUGUUGUCAAAUAUGUUAAGUCAGGUUCCAAAAAAGGCUACGAAUGUUGGCUCUUGGACAUUGUCUUUUCCCCAAACUGUUGUAACAGGAGCAACAAACUCUUAACAAAUCCCAUUUGUUGGCCUAGUGUGUACACAGCUUUA